UGCGCCUACUUCCAAUCACAGAAUCAUUCCUUUGAUAGAUCAACAUUGGAAUUCAUUUCUCAAGAGCACCGACACGAACAACGGUAUCCAAGUUACCCCACAUCAACGAAAUGCACCGACAAUCCAUUGAACUUAUAACCAAGUCUUUUUUCAACCCUGCUGACCAUCGGCGCCCAACAGCACCUGACUUCACACACUUCUAUACCUCGCCUCAUAUCCUAUUGCCGCCAUACCCCCAACCCACUGCGUCGAUGGCGUCGCAUUUUUUUUGUUCAACGACGUUGCAAGGGUCACGGUCCAAAGGCCGGCCAUCACACAUCAUCAUCCAUGCCACCGUUUCCCGUCCCCGCCCCCAAGCCAUACUCCUCAUCUGAAUCCAUCACCUUCCCUCCACCUCCAAAAUACGCCGACGUCAUGCGCAUGGACAACGCAUCUACCAGUCGCCAGAGCGAGGAGACGUGCGCGCAUGAUAGACCAUAUGCCACAGAAGUUCCUCAAGCUAAACUCCGCCCACAACCAUCAUUCGAUGACAUUCGUUGUAUGCAGCCUGACCUACCUUGGGAAGAAGUGAUGAAAAGGGCUGGGAACAUCGACCAGUCUGCGCUAGCCAGAGAUAUGAUUUCCCAGCAAGGGCCGGAGAGGUUAGAGGCGUCGCAUGGACCAUCAAUUGGUUGCCUGUCUCCUCAGUCGGUGGUGGCAAUUGUCAACUUACCAGAGUCGAUACAUACAUCCUUUAACCAAUCAUCGAUGAAUGCAGAAGAGGCAAUGAUCUCUUCGCUGCUUUGGUCUCCUACCAAAGACAAAAACAGUGAAGAGCUCAAAGCCUUUGCCACACUCAUCGCGGUGUGGUUGCAUGCAACGAUCACAAAUGAAUCCAGAACAGAAGUGACCACUGAUUCGGCGAGGUGAGCACCAUGACCACUUGGUAUAGGCAGCAUGAACUCACAGUAAAUGAUAGGUUCUGAAAAGCUUGGUCGACAUUUAGCGAGACAGUCAUUGUCA